AUGAUUCUUUUUUAUUUGAAUACUCUACCUCGUCUCUUUUCAUCGAGUGUUCAAUUUGAAUCCAAUAUUUAUAACGAUAUUAUUACAAAAGAAAAGAAUGAACGUGCAUUUAAAGAUUGGUUUGAUAAAGAAUCAUCAGAUCUAUCAUCAUUACCUGAAACAUAUGAAAAUUUAAAUAUUUUUCAUCGAUUUUUGUUUGCACGAUGUAUAUCACCAGAUCGAACAAUAUCUGAAGCACGAAAUUAUAUUCAAGAUACACUUGGAAUAGAAUACUCUGAAAUUCCUGUACUUAGUUUAGAAUUAAUAUGA